AUGGGGCAGAAGAUUGACACAUGUUCUAUUACUUCAAAUCCAAGUACACCUAGUGGAGAGGAAAAACAGAGGUCAACUCCACCAAAAGAAAAAAAGUUUCGUUGGAGGGUUACGGAUGAACAUUCCCCACCAGAAAUCUAUAACUGGACACUUUACCUUUCAGUAUUUGUAUUUGGUAUCUUGGGUUCAGCUAGAGGCUAUGAUGAAGGUAACAUUGCUGGAACAGUUGCACAAAUAUCAUUUAUUAAAGAAUUUGGCCUAAAUUCUAAGCUAUUAAGUGCCACUCAGCAAGCCAAUCUCAAAUCUAAUAUUACCUCUAUGGUUCAAUUGGGAUCUAUUGGAGGAUGUAUUAUAGCCAUGUAUACAGUUGAUCGUUUUGGACGUAUUAGAACUUUACAAGGUGUCUGUAUUUUGUGGAUCAUUGGUGCUAUUAUUCAAUGCACCUCGCAUUCGGUUGGGCAAUUAUACGCUGGUAGAGUAAUUGAAGGAUUAGCUAUUGGUCAAACAACUACCAUUGGGCCAACUUAUUUGUCUGAAGUAUCUCCCAAGGCUAUCAGAGGACUUUGCAGCUGUAUCUUUGCCGGUGCAGUUUACUUCGGUAUUAUGCUUGCUUAUUUUGCAAACUAUGGGACUGCAUUGCAUGUCGUCGGACGUAACCAGUGGGUUAUCCCAACUACAGUGAAGUGUUACUUAGCAUUCUUGAUCUUAGUUGGCUCAACCAUUUUCUGUGUUGAAUCUCCGCGUUGGAACAUGAAGGUUGGAAAUUCUGAAAUGGCUGCGAAAAAUUUAUCAAAAAUCCGUCAUCUUCCUGUUGAUCAUCCUUACAUUUUGAGUGAGAUCGCUGAUAUUAAUGAGCAAGUUAGUUCAGAAAAAGAGCUAACUCAAGGUAGUACUGUUAUUUCGAUGUUGAAAGAAAUUGUCAUGACAAAAUCUAUCAGAUAUCCAUUUUUUGCCAUUGCCACAUUGGCACAAAUCCUUGGCCAAUGGUCUGGAGCAAAUGCCAUAACUAUAUACUCCCCACAACUUAUGUCUUUGGUUGGUAUUACUGGUAUUAAAAGUUUAGAAAUGACAGCAGUUUUAGGCGUGGUGAAGUUUGUCUCAGCUUAUUUGGCAGCAUUUUUCUUGAUUGACUUCUUAGGUCGUAGACGCUCACUUUAUAUUGGUGUUACUAUUCAAAUGGUCACUAUUCUCUAUUUUGCAAUCUUCUUGACUAUUGUUCCCCAAGCAGCAGUGAAAGGCUCAGUAUUGACACCAUCACAAAAUAUGGCAGGGAAGGCUGCACUUGCUGCACUUUUCCUUUCUGGAACUGGUUGGACUAUGGGUUUCAAUUCUAUUCAAUAUCUUUUAGGUUCGGAACUUUUCCCACUUCGAGUUCGUUCAUUUGCACAAUCUAUUGUUAUGGUUGUUCAUUUUGCUAAUCAAUACGGUAAUUCGAAGGCUAUUCCAAAGAUGUUACUUGCUAUGGAUAAUUUUGGGGCCUUUUAUUUCUUCGUUGGUGUUUUGGUUGUCUCACUUUUUUGGGUAUACUUCCUUAUUCCUGAAGUUUCGGGCAGAUCAUUGGAAAGUACUGAAGAAAUAUUUUCCUUACCUUGGUACCUUGUUGGAAGACGUGGUGCAGAACUCUGUCCAGAUCAUUCAGAGGUUAACAGAGUUAAUUACAAUGUUGAUGGGACUGGAAACGCUCAUGGAGGAGAUAUUGAUUAUGUUACAAAACCUUCCACAGAGUUUAUUGAGGAUACGAGAAAAGAGGAAUUGGUUAGGAAUAACCCUUAA